AUGGAUAAUUUAUUAGGGAAAGAAGAAGAAAUAAUUAAUGAAAAACUAGUAAGCAGCAGUAAGGAGGAAGAAGAAGAAGAUAGAAUUCCUCUUAGUGUCCUAAGAGAAAACUUAAAAAUGGUCAAGCAAUCUGUGAAUCCUUUAAAGCGAAAGUCUUGGAGAAGAGAUGAUACUUUUGCACCUCCAAAUUUUGAAGGCUCCUCUAGUGAAUGCAGCGCAGAGCUCCGGUACGAUUGGCUUACAAAAUCGUAUUUAGCCAUGUACUUUAAAGAUGAGUUAUUCCAAAAAGUGUGUGAUUGCACAAAUGCAAGAAUGUACUGGGCAAAAACCACUAAAGUUUCAGCUAUUGCAGAUAUAAUGAUUCGAGAUAGAUUUUUUGCUAUAAGAAGUAACCUUAAAAUCGUCAUUGAUGGCAGCAUCGCUGAAGAGGUACGCAGGUCUGACAAAUUUUGGAAAGUACGUCUUAUUAUAAAAGCAGUAUGGCAGGGUUGUUUGCAGCUACCUAGAGAGAAAGUGGUUGCUGUAGAUGAACAGAUAAUUCCAUUUACAGAGACUUGUAAAAUGAAGGAGUUCGUUAGAGGAAAGCCAAAUCCAGAGGGCUUAAAAAAUUUUGUUGUUGCUGCCCCUGAUGGUCUUGUCAUAGACUUUGAAUUAUAUCAAGGAAAAGAUACUUUUCCAGAUGAUUCUGUAAAAUGA